GAUACACGCACACACACACGCACACGCACACAGACACACGGACAGCUAGAUAAAACGAAACUCAAAGGACAGCAAAUAGGGAAAACUCCGUGAACCUGUAUAGUAUGUCAAGUGGACGCAGUGCACGCCUACCGCCCACGCCCACGCCCACGUCCACGCAGAACGCCAACAACAAGCACCGCGUGGCAGCUGCAACAUCCGCCGUAGCAGCAACGGCAGUCGGUGAGCCCAACAGCAACAACAUGCUGCAAUACAGCAGCGGCAAUGCAACAGCCAACGGCAGUGCUGGCACGGCGUCGGGCUUAGGCGUAAGCGGCCUCCAGAUGGCCUCCAUGAACAUGGGCAUGGGCAGCAUGUCGAGCGGCAUGCUGCCAAGCGGCUUUGGCCUUGGCCAAAUGUCCGGCGGCGUCAGCACUGCGACGAGCGACGUGGGAACCGACAGCAUACCCGGCGAGACCAUCGAUGCCCUGGGCCCCGAGCUGGCAGUGGCCACCUCGCAGGUGCUCGAAAAUUUGUCGGAAAACGAGCGGAAGAUGAUCAUUGAAGUGCUCAAUCGGGAUGAGUCGGUGCGGCAGCGCGAUGCGACCAGGAUAAUGCUCUUGCGCGCUGAAUUGUAUGCGCUGAGAUGCAAGGUCGUUGGUGGAGCAGGAGCGCAGUCACAGCCAAUGCCACUCGAUGCCACACAACAACAACAACAACAACAAGAACAACAACAACAACAAGACCCUAACCAACAACAGCAAACAAUGCUAGAACAACAACAACAACAACAACAACAACAGCUUGAACACAACAACCACAAAAAUCUACACAACGACUUGAGUCGCCACUGUGCCCGCUGCACCACCGAACUGGGCCGCAUCACCAACCGCGGCGCUCCCUGUCGCGUCUGCAAGCUGCGCGUGUGCAAAGCCUGUCGAGUCCAUCACGCAUUGGACUGGGUGUGCGUUGUGUGCCACAAGCAACUGGAGCUACAAGCAGCCAGCGGUGAGUGGCUGAAGGAAGCCUACGCAUCCUGCGAGGCUGUCGAUCACCUCAGCACCAGUGACGUGCUGCGGAAAAGCAUACGUCGCUCUUGGACCAUCUCAAAUCCCGAGGACGAUCCGAAUAAUCCGAAUGCCCAGCAGCCCGUCACCGAUAACCUGUAUCCACAGCAGCAGCACUUGAUCGAGGCCCAAUCGGCGGGCAGUUACCCCACAUUGCACCAGCACACGCUGCAUCAGCAGAUGCAGCAGCAGCAGCAGCAACAGCUACAGCAGCAACUGCCACUGCAGCAGCAGCAGCAGCAUCAGGCGCCCCCGCAGCCGCGCCAGACGCACAUCAUCAACUAUAAUAGCGGCACUGCCACGCCCAUCACUGGCAGCAAGUGGCAGUUGGGGCGUCGCGUCCUACGCCAAUCCACACUACCCAGCACACUCAACAACGAUCCGAAUCUGAGCGGCAGCGGUGCCAAUCUGGCCAACUACAAUUCGGCCAACUUGACCGCGCCCACCUCGCCCCACCAGAUACAGAAGAGCCCGCUCUAUCCGAGCGCCUACAACAGCGACGACAUCAUCCACAUGAACAUUGCGCCCGACUGCGACAACUACAGCCAGAUCCAGAUCCAGCAGCAGCAGCCGCAGCUGGAGGCAGCCGCGAGUCCUCCGACGCAUAGCCAUCGACUGCAGGUGCGCCGUCAGUCUACGCUGCCGGCGAAUCCAUGCCAGCCGCCGCCCAGCAUAUACAUGUCCACCUCACCGAAUCGCGUCUACAGCCGUUCGCCGGAACGGUCGCCCGGCGAGCAGCGCUAUCCGCCCUUCACGCGCCAGACAUCCUUCCCGGAGCCGCCGAGCAACAACUACCAUCGCACCAAGCUGCUGCCCAACACCGCCAAUCUAACAGCUCCGACCAACCAGUCCUCGCCAGUGGUCGCUGCGGCAGCGGCGCCGCCCCUGAGCUACGAGUCGCAGGCAUCGAGCAUGGCCAGCGAUGAGAUGGACUACAGCCAGGCAUUCGGCAAGCCGCGCAUGACGCGCCAGGCCACCUUGCCCAAUCCCGAGCAGCAUGUCAAGCUGCUGCCCACAUCGCCGCCCAAGCGUCAGACGUCGCCGCAGUUCCGGCGUUCGCCGGAAUUCACGCGCCAGCAGACGCUGCCCAAUCCGGAAGCCUUCAACAGCGGCAACACGCUAACAGUGCACCAGACGCCACCGGGCAAAUUCAUGCCCAUCUCGCCGCGAGCCAAGCAGAACUUCCUGUUCCCCAGCGUGCAGAAUCCGCGCCAGUUUCUGUCGCAGCAGAACGUGCCCACUGUGGGCGGCGUCGACCUCGGCAGCGGCGGCAGCGUGGCGAGCGGCGCGGGCGAGCAGUACUCGAGCAGCCAGAGCGUCAACAUACACCACUCGCGUGACCCGCACUCGAAGAUGAUCAAGGUGCGCAGCCACAGCAACGAGGAGUAUUCGAACAGCACCAAGACGCACGUGGAGAGUCGGCGUCUGCUGCCGGAAAUACCCACAACGCAGCGCUCGCAGAGCCGCUCGCCCAGCCGCCUGGUGCGGCAGGACUGCCUCAAGGAGCAGGAGCACGGCUCGCGCACCUUUGGCGAGGCCAAGCAACAGUUCUGCCAGUUUCCCGAUGUCAGCGAGGAGCUGGAGACCCGGCCGGAGUACGUGGACUACUUUGGCAAUAGCACCACCAGCUUCCUGGAGUCCGACGAGGUGCAGUACGAGAAGAACUACAACGCCGGCUUCAGCAGCGAACCGCGCAUCAUCUACAACGACGGCGCCGACGAUGCCACCUACAAGCCCACGCUGCCGCGGCCCAUGUACGGCUCCGAGAAUGUGGUGACAGGCGGCGAUGGUGGCUACGGUGCGGGCGCACCCAUGCCCGGCUUCUACUCCGACAUGCAUGCGACGCACAGCGGCGCCGUGCUGCCGCGCACUCCGCUCAUGCACAAUCGCAUGCGACGGCGCCAGUCGAGGGAGUUGCCUGCCCAGCCACAGGAGGAAUACGCAGCGGGACAAAGCGAAGCAGCGCCAGCCGCAGCAGCUGGCUCGGCGUUGCCUGCCCCACCAGUGGCAAGCGCCACAGUGGGUGGCGCGGCACUCGCGGCGGACAGCAGCGCAGAUCGGCGAAAGCCAGAGCAAAUGCGUUCCGUGUCAGAGGACUCGGGUGCCAAAACGGCGCCGAAGCCCGUCACGCGGCGCUCCUUUUCGCAUCCCGAGAAGGACUCAACGCCACCAAAGAAAACGGAAACCUCGAAAAUACCCAGUCCCCGACCCCUGGCCGAUAUACUGGACAAGACGCGCGGUGGCGCCACAAAGAUACCGCUGGCCCGGCGUCGCAACAGCCGCGGAGAGGAGGGUAGAGUACCACAGCAUCACUACUCCUUCCAUGAACUGCUUAAGCACCAGAACUCUGACUUAUCCAAUCGCAUGAAAAAAACGACAAUUCCCGUUAACACAGUCCCAGCCAAGGAGGAUGAGCAGGCCGCAUCCGGAGCCGUAGCCAAGACGACUGACAAAGACCACGACGCGACCAACAAUGAGGCCAAUGACACAGCAGGUGCCGCAGCACACACCAGCACACUGGGUGAACAGGAGCUCCAGAAUGCAGUGGAGGCGGCUGCCGUUGUCUUCAAGAAGGUGGUGCUGCAGCGGCGCAAGGAGAAGGAGAAGGAGAAGGCCGCCGAGGAAGGCCUGCAGCUGGCAGCUGGCGCUUCCGGUGACAUCAACGGCGAUGCCAUGGAAACCUCGUCGUCAUCGGAGCUGGAGUUCAGGUGCAGCACAGCGGGCACGUCGGGUCAGUCGCAGUACAGUGUCGAAGCGGAUGAGUUCAAGCUUGUGUUUCUAAACUCGGACUCGUCAUCCUCAUGCAAAGAGGAGGAGGAGGAGGAGGACGACAACGAUACAGAUACCGCCUCCAGUUCCUCCUGCACCUCCACACACCAAUGCCACAGCAUUGUGAGCAAUGUGGAGGACUGUGAUUGGGACUACUUUGAGCCAUCGAUGAUUGCAGCCACCACAACCACAACCACAACAAUGAUUGCCUAUGCCGGCUCCCUGGCGUCCACAACGCCCACGCCGCCGCCACGCCUACGUCGUCGCUCCAGCGACAGCGACUCGCCCUUGCUGCAGCGCCGGCAGCAGCUCCUGCGCAGCUACUGCUCCAAGAUACGCGAGAGCGACACCGGCACCGACGAGGAGCUGCACAUGCACGCCGAGAGCAGCUCCCAGACCAGCUCCGAUCAGAAUCAGACACCGCCGACGCCCUCACUGCCGCUCAGCAUGAAGGCGCGCAUUAAGACGCGUUUCCUCAAGAGCCACCAUCACUACCAGCACCACCACCACAGCCACAACCACGCGCCCAGCAGGUGCACUGGCUGCAGUGGAGCCACAGCCGCCCAGCAGCCGCAAUAUGUGCCCAUUCCCGUGCCGGUGCCCAUACCCGUGCCCAUGGCCGCCUACCACAACUGGCAGCUGGAGCAUUCGGGCGCACCGCUGCUGGAGCAGGACGAGCACUUGGCCGCCUCGCUGCAGCAGCUGUGGCAGGCGGCGGCAGCCGCUUCGUCCACACCAAACUCGCCGCAGCAGCAACAGCAACAGCAGCAGCAGCAACAACAACAGCAGCAGCAGGCGGCAGCCGCAGCGGCUGCUGCAGCGGCUAUGGUCGCUUACUCGCAGCAAUUCGCCGCGGCCAGCAACAUGUUUGAUGCAACACCGCCGGCAACCACCAAGAGCUAUCAGCAAUUGCCAACAACAACACGUCAAUUGGAUGGCGGGUUCAAGUCCUCGGCGCCGGAGCUGAGCGCCUCGCUGGGCUCGCUGAUGACGCAGUCGCUGUGCUCCACUGCGUCCACGUCUUCAUCAACAACGUCCGGCUAUGGCACAGCAGGUCGUAGCCUGGAAACAUUAGCCGGCUGUCUGUGUCUGGCACAACAACAGCAUUACCAACAGCAACAACAACAACAACAGCAGCAGCAGCAGCAGCAGCAACAACAACAACAACAACAACAACUGGCCAGCCAAAUAGCUUUCAAGCCAGCUCCAACAAGUUUAGGUUUAGUAUUGCCGCGCACGCCGUCGGGUGAACAGCAACAAACGCGACGCUCGCUCUGUGACGAUGCUGAUGCCGAUGUUGACGUCGCCGCAACGCCCACAACAGCACUGAGAUUGUGUAAUGCGAAUGAUAAAAGAAGCAGCGAUUGCGACUGCGACUGCGACUGUGACUGCGAGAACGACACGCGCAACAGCGUUAAAUUUAGCGCACAUGUUGAUGUUGAUAAAAGCGAGGCAAUGCCAGCGGCAACAUUGACAGUCGAGCUGCCAAAUAAAUGCCAAAAUCUAUGCGAAACUGUGCAAAACAACAGACAACUAGCGACAGCAGCAGUCCCAGCAGCAGCAGCAGCAGCUCAAGCACCAACAGUACCAACAGCAGCAACGGCAGCACCAGCACCAGACACACAAACACAAACAGCAACAGAAAACACAGAAACAGAAAGACAAACCUACCUGGCGAGUAACAACCACAACGCCGCCGACGACGAUGACGACGGCGACGAAGGCGAAGCAGCGGAGGCAGCAGACGAAACAAAUAUACAUAAAAAUCAAGUACCAGCAACGGCAGCAACAACAACUACAACUACAGCAAGCGGAGCCACAUUGAGUGCGGCAACUCCUGCGGUAAUAACUCGUUUCAGCGACGGCCAAGUUGCAGUCGAAAAUGUUGAGAUUGUUGCCGCCGUUGCGCCUAGAGAGCAACAAUUGCAGCAGCAGCAGCAACAGCAACAGCAGCCACUAGAGCCUCAACUAGCAAAGAAUUCGCAUAGGCUUAUAAAUACAAAAUCCACAAAUAUGUCCGAGAACGAGCCAAGUGAGUCGGCGACAUUUGGCCAUUUGCGCAGCGAAAGCUACGCCGCCAACAGCAGCAGCAGCAGCAAUAGCAACAGCAGCAGCAGCAGCAACAGUGAAGCUGAAGAUGAGCGCAGCCCACGCAAAUUGGUGGAGCGCAGCUACGAUGUGGCUCUGGCCAUGCAGGCAGAGGCAGCAGCGGAGGAGGAGCUGCAGCUGGAGCCACAGGCGGCAGCCGUGCCCAUGCAAAUGGUGCACCACAGCACCACCGAAGGCAGCAGUAGCAGCAGCAGCAGUGAUUCCAGCAGCAACAGCAGUUCCAGCUCCGAGUCAUGUGACUCGGAUGACACCGGCACCGUGGCGGAUCGCCGGCCCAAGCGAAGACGCUUUAACAAGGUGUUUGUGGUCAACCGGCAGGUGGGCCAUGCGGCACGUGUGCGACGCAGCUCAUCCACAGAAGGUGACUCGUUAUCCUCCUCGGAUGCGAAUCUCGAAGAUUCAUCGGAUAAUGAUACAGAUACAGAGCGCACCGAGUGUGGCAUUGUGCUCAACUAUGUGAAGGCAUUGGCCGAGGAGGAGGCGGGCCCAGAGGAGAAGCCAUUGGCUGCUGCAGCACGUGAUGCCAGCGACGAUGAUGAUGAUGAUGAAAGUGAACGCCGCAUUGCCAACUCAAGCGAUGAGCUCGCCAAUUGCAUUGUUGUUGUUGGCGGCUGCACCGACGACGAUGCCAAUACCGGCGGCGUUGUCUUGCAUGGGAUGCGUGCUCUGCCAGACGUUGCAGAGGAGCAGGAGCCGCAGCAGCAGCAGCAGCAGGAGCAAUUAGAGCACAACAUUGAGCAGCCAUUCGAAAUAAGCGCCGUCCUGGCUGCCUGCGAUGAGCUCCAUAGCAUUUCCAACGAUGUGAAUCGCUUGCUGGCGCUGCACAAGCAAAACUCCCAGUUGGAGCUGAAGCUGCAGCGACUGCGACGCGGCGUCGCCGAAAUCAAUGAGGAUCAUCUGCUGGCAGCGCACAGCACUGCUGCGGCUGCCGCCCCCACGGAACAGAAGCCAAGCGAGUGCAGCAGUCAAAUGCUAAAAGGGUGUUCAGGUAAUGCACACAAAGCGCAAAAGAAGGAGGAGGAGGAAGCGGCACAACCAACAGCAACGACAACCCUCGCGCUGACCAUUUGCCGUUCUCAGAAAAGCGUAAAUGUAAAUUCUAAUGACGAAAGCGAAGCAGCGAAACAAAGCGAACCAAGCAACGCCGAGGGUAAACAUGUAAGCGAAGAAGCAGAGGCGCAAACACAAGAAGCAGAGACAACAGAGGCAGCGACUCUUGGGUUUUCAUGCCAGCAGAGGCAGCAGGUAAAAGCAAACAGCGAUAAUAAAGUAGCAGCCAAGCAAACAGCAACAACAACAGCAAAGGCAACGACUAGCGUCGAGCGAACAGCUGUGCAAACCCAGGCAAUGGGAGAGGGCGAGGCAGCGGGCGGCGGCAUACGCAGCGAAGCAUGCAAAAUAAACGACGAUUUGUUCGACUCGCUCAACUCUCACUCUCUCGCCAUAACGAGUAAAGCACCUGAAGCACAACAGAAACAGCAACAGAAACACAAACAACAACAACAAGAGAAGCAACCACAGCAGCAGGUAGCUGAGAGAGCGACAGCUGCUGAGCGUAAAGAGAGCGCGCUACCUGUUGCUCAGUUAGCCGAUUGCGCAGCCGAAGUGAAGUCGCAGUCGGCAUUGGAAACGGCAGAGGCAGCGGCAGCGGAGUCAGUCGAAAAUGAAAUGUUAAACGUUGCGGUUGAAGAGCCAAACGCGCGCCUAACGCUGUACACUAACAAAAACAACAACAUUGGCAGCAGCAGCAACAACAAUAAUAAUAGCAGUAGAAACAGCAACAACAACAAUAACGACGACGACGCCGUUGGUCAUAAUGACGGCGAUUUCGCAGCACAAAAGACAGAAAGCAGCAACAAUGCUGCUCUUGUUGUUGGCCAACAUAGCAGCAGCAGCAGCAACAACAACAACAAAAAUUGUGACGUAGUGAAUGUGAAUGUGAUUGAAGCAUCGUCGCGUGUGUUUGAAAGUUGUGAAAACGAAUACGACAAAAUAUUUGGCAGUAAUCAAGAACUGCAAAUCAACAACGAGCCAACUGCAGCUGCAAUAGCAGCAGCAACAAAUAAAACAACGACAACAACAGCAAUAACAACAACAACAACGGCAAGUGCUGCACCCAAGAAUUCACUUUCAGCUAAAUAUCGCAGCUUAGUGAUGAUUACAAAAGACAAUGAAAGCCCAACAAUAACAACAGCAGCAGCAGCAGCAACAACGAGUAGCGACAACGAUUAUGAAAUGCCAGCGAUUGGCAGCAGCAGCAGCACCAGCACCAGCAACAACAGCAACAACUUUGGCCAGAACUUUGGCAAUGAGUCACACGUUACGCUGCGCGCCUUAAGCAACGACAUCGAUUUCAGCGCGGAGCCGUUGACAGUGACGCCAACGCCAAGUGAAUGGGAACUGUCGCGUGACUCGUACAGUGUGGACUCCCUAAAUGAGCCGAGUGCACGGCCAAAGAUCAUUCUGGACGAUGGCCUGGCCGACGACGACUCCUGGGUGGAGGAGCUGAGUCAACGCGGCGAUGGCGACGAGGAUGAGAACUUGAGCAAUGCCACGACAACGCCGACAGCCACCGAUUCUGAGGAUGCGGAUGGGGAUGGUGAGCUGGGCGGCGGUCGCAUCAUGUACAUGGAUCGGGAGGAGGAGCUGCGCGGCUAUAACCGAUCGGCCAUCGACUUCACGCUGCACACCAUUGUGGAGGAGAGCUGCGAGGAGAGCGAAGUUGCCUCCAUGCGUGCUGACAACGAGCUGGAGCAGGAGGAGGAGGAGGAGGACUUGGCGGAACGUAGACGCAUGCGCACGCUGCAGCAUCAUCAUCGGCUCAGCGCCUCGGAGCUGGAGAAGUAUUUCUUCUUCGGUUUGGGCGAUGGCAAGGUCAUGAGCUCCAUAGACACACGCGGUGAUGAUACCGCCUCGGAGGUCAGUUCCGAGUGCUCCGAGAGUCUGGACUCGCUGCCCCACGACGAUCAGCUGCUGGAUGGCAGCAAUAGCGCCGCAGACUUGGCUUCAUCACGCUUAGAAAAGUAUUUCCUCUCCGGCUUCAUGGGCUUCAGCGGCUCCGGCGAGAAGCAGGCGGAGAGCGAUGAGAGUGGCGGCAGCGUGGGCAGCGACAGCGAGGGACAUCCCAGUCCCAGUCAGCGGCGCAAGCGACUUGUACGGGCGCGCGGCACUCCACGCAGCCACAACUCCUCGCUGGAUAAUCUGCUGCUGCCAGAGGCGGAUGCACUGGAUGCCACUACAACGGCAGCCGGGGCUGCGGAGGACACAUCCGAGUCGGAGACCGGCUGCGACGACACCGUCGUGCACAUGGCCAGCGCUGUGGAUCGUGCCUCUGACGGCAGCUCCUCGGACACCAUCAAGCGCAAGAAGCAGCUGCGGAAGCGGCACGACUCCCUCGAUGAAAAGAAGCUGCACGAGGCGGCAGAUGCGUGUGCCACAGGAGCCGGCGGUGCCAUCGGAGGGGACUCUCAUGCCAACAACCUCGGCACUGCCCAGGCAAAGAAACAGCAGCAUCACAGCCGAGACAGCGGCUUUGUGGGCAGCAACGACGACCUAUUGAAGUCGCCCGACUGCGAGCCCAGCAAGUCUCCCACGCCAACUCUGGGCCAGAUCAGUGAGGACCGCGAGCCGUUGGCCCCAGCCAGCGCGCUCAGUCUGCCCAAACUGGAGCUGCCCAGCACGAGUGCAGGAGCCGCCGUCAGCGCGACGCGACGCAUCACUCUGCAGCCACCGGGCGCGGGUGGAGCCAGCAGCUCCAUUUUGGUGCGCAAGGAUAGCUUCAACAACUGGAGCUCCGAUGAGGAGACCAAUCUGAUGAUGACCAAGAUGCGUCAGUUCUUCAAGACGCUCAUCGUGGCCACAGCCAAUGCACAGCAGAGCCAGUGCCAGAGUCAGAGCCAAUCCCAGAGCCCGAGUGCUGGCAGCACGCCGAGCUCAGUGCGCCGGCUGGCAAGCAAGUCGGCCAAGUCCAGGCCGGCACAGCUGGCCUACUUCGAGAAUGAGCUGACACGCCUCAUGAAGACUGUGCCGGGCAUCAAUGAUGAGCAGGUGCGCGAGAUUGUCGAGUAUCUGAGCAGCGAGGAUACCUGGUCGGACUCGUACGACUCCUCCGACUAUACCAGCUCGGACCUGGAGGGCUCCGAGCACAAGGGGCAGCUGAAGGCGCAGAUCUCCGCCAGCUGCCAGCAGAUAAUCAACAAGUUCGAGGUGGACGAGGAGGGAGUGCGAGGCGAUGGAGGUCUGCUGGACGAGGCGCAUGCGCUGAAUGGCGAUACGGCCUUUGUCUACCAAAAGCUGGUGGCCUCCUUCAGCAAGGUGGCAGUGGGCGAAGCCAGCGAAGCGGCGCCCAAUGGCAGUGGCAAGGCAGUGGAGCCCGAUGAGGAUCGCCUGUCCACAACCAGCACGGAGCAGCGAUCGCCGCAGCUGUUUGCCAAGGUCAUGCAGCACAUAGGAACCCGCCUGGUGGCCCUGAUGCACGAGGUGAGCAGUGGCAAUGAGACGCCCAUGUCGACGCGGCACACUCGCCGUGCGCAGGCCAAGAUCUCGGCCACGACAACGGAGGAUGAGGAGGACGAGGUGGAGCAGCAGCUGCAGCUGAAGGCGCUGCCACUAAAGCAGCUGAAGCUGCGCAGCCGUUCGCAUGAUUUGCUGCUGGAUGGCGGCGCCAACAGCGGACAACAGGCACAGCUCCAUGGACACAUGACCGUCAAUGCGACGGUGGGUCAUCAGCAGGCAGGAGCCACGGGCACCGGAGCCGGCGACAAUGCCGGGGAGGAGUGCGGCGUGGCCAGCGAUUAUGAGCGCUUCUCGUGGCGCGGCAGUUUUGAGUCGGCAUUACUGGCUAAUGGCGACUCCAGAACGAGGCUCAGCCAGCUGAGCCAGCUAGACAGGGACAACUCGUCGUCUGCGUCCGCUUUGGCUGUGGCAAAGCGCCGAUCUGCAGGCGACCUGCUGUUCAGCCAGCACCAGCAGAGCCUUAGCCGCGAGCAGCUGGAUCGCGUGCGCUCCUGCGGCAGCAUUGGCGGCGGCGAUGCCCACCACCAUCAGCUGGAGGCAUCGCCCGCCAAGCCUUGGCUCUCGUCGGCCAGCUCCUGCGCCGAUUCCGCCAAGGAUGUACGCCGCUCCAGUGUGCCCGAUGCCAUCUACGAGACGGACUCCAGCGACGAGGGGCAAUCGGCACAGUUUACCGCCAAUCGCUCCACCUUGCCGCGCAGCCUGACGGGCAGCGUUCCAGUGGCUAGCACCAACUCCCUGCCACGCCUGCCCACCAGCUCGGUGGCGACGGUGGGCGCGCCUUUCACCAGCACGCCCAUCACCAAGUCGCAGAACGCGCUCAACUAUACGCCCUCGUCCACGGGCAGCGCCAAGAGCGCACGUUACCGCUCGCCGGGAUUGGCCGCACGUGCUGCAGCCGCCAACAGCAGCGGCGCAGGAGGCGUUGGCUCCGCCAGCUCCUCCAGCAGCUGUGGCAAAAAACUAGGCGGCGGUCUGCAGCAGUUCCUCUACUCCAAGCGUGAUGCACGCAAACGCCUGAACAUGUCAGCGGAGGAAGCCCGAGCAGCUGCCGAUGAGCUCAGCAAAUCUCCGGUUAUUGGACAACGCAAUCCGGAUGCCGCUGCCUCCAGUCCGAUACAGUCGCGUGCCUCGAGCGAAACAUGGCCGGCCCAGUCGGAUGAGGAUAUCGAUCGUCUGGUGGCCAUGCACCAGAAUCGCAGCAGUUUGAGUUCCCUAGGCGUGCGCUCGGAGUCCAUGGCCAGCGUUUAUUCGGGCGCCGGCGAGGGUCGCUAUGGCACUGUGGUGGUCAAGGGUCAGGUGGAGUUCGGCAUGCAGUACAACUAUAAGCUGGGCGCCUUGGAAAUUCACGUGGUGCGGUGCAAGGACUUGGCUGCUGUGGAUGCCAAACGCAAUCGCAGCGAUCCCUAUGUCAAGGUUUACUUGCUACCCGACAAGUCGAAGGCCGGCAAACGCAAGACCAAAGUCAAGAAGCACACACUGAAUCCCAUCUUUGACGAGACGCUGCGCUUCCACACGUCCAUUGCCAGCCUGGAGUCGAAAACUUUGUGGCUGACCGUUUGGCACUCGGACAUGUUUGGACGCAACGAUUUCCUGGGCGAGGUCAGCGUCAAUCUGCAGGGCCGUCUCUUCGACAAUCCCCAGUCGCAGUGGUACCUGCUGCAGGAGCGCAGCGAGCCAUUCGAUGAUGUGGCCACCUAUCGCGGCGAUAUUGUUGUGGGUCUCAAGUACAUUCCGCCAGAGAAUCUAAAGUCUUCGUUAUUCUCGCGUGGCUCCAGCCUCACAGGCAGCUCCUCGAAUCUGCGCAAGUUUGGGGGCAGCAUCAAGUCGGUGACCUCCAAGUCCGAUCGCAGCGCCAAGGGCGGACAGCUGCACGUGCUGGUCAAGGAGGCCAAGCACCUGAGUCCCAUCAAGACCAAUGGCACCUGCGAUGCCUUCUGCAAGAGCUACCUGCUGCCGGAUCGCACGCGCAGCUCGAAGCAGAAGACGCCGGUGGUGAAGCGCACUUUACAUCCCAGCUGGAAUUAUACGUUUGUCUAUGAGGACGUCUCCCUAAAGGAUCUGUCGGAGCGUGCUCUCGAGCUGACCGUCUGGGAUCACGAUCGCCUGGCCAGCAACGAGUUCAUUGGCGGCAUACGCUUCUCCACGGGCACAGGUCGCAGCUAUGGUCGGCAGGUGGAUUGGAUGGAUGCUACCGGCAAGGAGGUAUCUCUGUGGCAGAAUAUGCUAGACCGUCCCAACUUCUGGGUGGAAGGCAGCGUAGUGCUACGCUCCAGCUUGGAUGGCAUACGCUCGACAUUGCCAUAGGCACAGUUCCCGUCACAAUUUGCACAUUAGUAAUUUAUUGCCUAGCCACGCCCACACAAGUACACUCACACACAAACACACGUAUACAAUUGUGUGGCAGUUGCCCGUUUUCUCCCCUGGCUUGCGAAUACGUAAUGUGUAUUUGUAUUUGUAUUGUAUUUGUAUUUGUAUUUGAAUUGUGUUGAAUUGUAUUGAUAAUGUAAUAGGUAUUACAUAAUAGGGUACGAUGACAAGCAUUACUAGGAACUUAAGCAUGAAUGAAAUUCAUAGUUCGAUUCGAUUCGAUUCGACUCGGAGUCAUUCGUUUGCGAAUCGAUCGAUUGAAUGAUUCAAGUUUGAUUUGCAAGUUUAUAACAAUUAGAAUGAUUUCCAAUACUCGAAUAUAUGGCAGUCAGACAUACAUACAUACAUAGCACAUGUAAAGGUUUAUGAUUAUGGUGUGUCUGACUGAAGGCCAGACAUCAGCAUUAGCACUAGCAGUAGAGAUAACGCUGCAAUUUAUCUGUAUUGUUUUUCUAGUUUAAGCGGCACAAUGUUCAAAUACGAAAAACCAACAAGCAAACUAACAACUAAAGUGUUAUCAAAUUAUUGCACUACUUAUAAGAGGGUCAUAACCCAGAAGAUACUAUAAAUCGUAUGGCAAACACGCGGAUUGCUCAGUAAAAUGACGAUGAUGGAGUCGAUUGUCGACGUCGACAAAUUAGCCCAUAUACAUAUGCAUGUACAUGUACAUACACAUGUGUGUAUAUAUAUACAAAUAUAUAUAUUUAUAUAUAUAUAUAUAUAUAUCGAUAUACGCUAACUUAGGAUCAUUUGUGUGUGUAUUUUUUGUCCAAAAACAAAUGGAACUUGCAAUUUUGCAUACUGUAUGCAUUAAAUCUACGAUAAUAACUAAACCGACAUAAACUUUAAGCUAUGUAAUACAUAAUAUGUACUAGUACCUAUACA